ACUGGUAUACAGAGAAUGGACAAACAAUAAGGUCCCGCUGUGUAGCACAGGGAACUAUAUUCAAUAUCCUGCAAUAAACCAUAAUGGAGGAGAUGCCGCCGUUAGCCCUGCAGCCACCGCGGAGCUGAUACUGCUCUGAGCCAGCCAGCCGCCGGGAGUGGGGUGGCAGUGCAAACAUGAAUGUUGGAGCUGCCCACAGUGAGGUGAAUCCAAAUACCCAUGUAAUGAACAGCCAGGGUAUGUGGCUGACAUAUGCUUUGGGAGUUGGCUUGCUUCAUAUCGUUUUACUCAGUAUUCCCUUCUUCAGUGUUCCUGUUGCUUGGACCUUAACAAAUGUUAUACAUAAUCUGGGCAUGUAUGUAUUUCUGCAUGCCGUAAAAGGAACACCAUUUGAAACUCCUGACCAGGGUAAAGCAAGGCUCCUAACUCAUUGGGAACAACUGGACUAUGGAGUACAGUUUACAUCUUCAGGGAAGUUUUUCACAAUUUCUCCAAUAAUUCUAUAUUUUCUGGCAAGUUUCUAUAUGAAGUAUGAUCCAACUCACUUCAUCUUAAACACAGCUUCUCUCCUGAGUGUGCUAAUUCCCAAAAUGCCACAGCUACAUGGUGUUCGGAUCUUUGGAAUUAAUAAGUAUUGAAAUGUGUUCUGAAAUGAACAAAAAUUUUUUACAGCUACUGAGUUUUCUGUAAGGAAGGAGUGGUUAGUAAACUGCACUGUUUCUGUGAUAAUGUGAAAUGAGAGGUAGCUACAUUGGAGAGCCAACUGCUGGUUCUUCAUGUGCUGUUUUGAAGCGCAGAUUCUUACGAGAAGAUGCCUCUCUUUAAUGAAUCUGGUAUCCUUCUGACGAGGGGCUUUAGUUAAAUGGCUAUAAAGUAAGGGUGUAGUAGAUAAAUCCAAGGAAAUAAGAGAUUUAUAAGAAACUAAGUCCAGCUUAGCUUAUAAUGAAUGGGCAUUAUGUUAGGAGAAGAAAAUGUUUAAUCAUUCAGUCAUGGUCAGUUUAAGCAGAGUUACAUGUAAACCAGAAUCAUUUCUUUACAAGUUUAUUAUAGAUUGUUUUUAUUAUCAUGCAUGUUCCUCUUGUGUUA